AUGAUAUGCGAUGAGGCUUUCAUGUCAUCAUCCUUAGAUAAGCCGACUAAUGAACACUCAGUCACCCCUUUUGGUGUAAAUGCUCCACCUGCAGUUCAGCAUCACAUUGACGUGAAAUCGAAAUUGUGGUCAAAAGAAAUUUAUUUGGAUGUCUGUGAUAGACCUAGUCUUUCAACACUUCUCGACUUUAUGAGUAUGAUUCAGAACUUGUCGUGCAAUCGUGUGGAUAGUGAACCUGCAUCAGCGAACUCUCGAAUAAAUCAUACAUACUUAAGUAUACCCUCAAGUAUUUGUUUGAGCAAGACUUCGUUGACAUUAUCCUAUCCUCUCAGUGACUAUGGAUCUGUACAUGACCUUUUGCUUAAUAAGUGUGAUAGAUUCAAUGAGGACUUAAUUUGUGCUAUAUUUAGUCGAGCGGUGUUCUGCAUCGACCAGUUGCAUAGCAGUGGCUUGCUUCACCGUGGUUUGUGCUGCAAGCAUCUCCUUCUGCGUAAGAAAUUGGCCACCGACUCACAGUCUGAUGAAGUGGAGGUUGUACUCUGUGGCCUUGGAAGCAUAGCUCAUCUACCUCCAUCCUGGAGUUCUGUGGCACGAAACGAUUUACCCUUCCUCUAUGUUGCUUGGCGUGGUUGGAGGGUACCCGAGUCAUCUAAAAGUCAGUCAUCGUACAGCCAUCCGGUAGCUUGGUAUAGUCCUGAGUUACUAUCACAAGACUUUACCGGGUAUUCAUGGUCUUCAGAUGUAUACAGUUUAGGACUCAUCCUAUAUGAGAUGUUCACUGGCAAACCACCCUACACUGGAUGUCCCCCUUCCUUAAUCUUUUUGAAGAAAAUGCUUCAUUUGGAUUUCCCUAAGCUUUAUAAUAAUAAUAAUCGUCAUCCACCAAGUGCUCAAUUGGAAGAAAUUUAUAAUGCUUGCACACACUACAAUCCAAAACAACGUCCAUCUACAAAAGAUUUAUUAAAUAUGCCAUGGAUACAGCAAGGUUUAAACAGACCUAUCACAAGUAAAGAAUUAGAUUCCUUAUGAGUUAAGAUAAGGUGCAAGGAAUAGUCAAGUGGAAGACAUAAAGAGGAGGUAACAACAUAUAUACACACAAAAAAUUUCUCUCUCUCACUCAUAGAAAUAUUAAUAUUGUUAUAUACAUUAGUCUUAUACAUAAAAUGUACAUAUAUAUACAUAUACAUUUUUUU